AUGAGGGUGCAGCUUCCGGACGAGAUCGUCGACCACAUCCUUUACCUUGCCUGCAGCCUUCCACCUCUCCGCACCGACGAGUUCCGCGAGCCGUCCGACUUUGAUGUCAAUCGCCUCAAGGCUCGCUCCUCCGCACCGCAUCUCGAUGUUCGCGCAACCCUCAAGCUUCUCCUCCUCUCGCCCCAGCACUAUCCCUACAUCGCAUCCAUCCUCUACAAGGGCCCGCGCCUCUCGGAUCCCAUCAGUCUUUCGCUCUUCGCCCGCACGCUCACCAACAGACCCGCGCUCGGCCGUCUCGUAAAGCACCUCUGGGUCGGACAUACCUACCAAGGCGAGAGCAUCCCCACCAAUGCGCUCAACUUUGGCCUAGGCGGAAGCCAGAGCGCAUACAGCCUCAACACCGACCUCGCCACCAUCGACGACGUGCGCAAGUGUCUCGCACAGGGCAUCGCUCCCCCCAAUCUUCUUUCGCCCGCAUUCGAGAAGAGGAUCGCACAAUGGGCCGCACAGAACGUCCAGGCCAACAUCCGCACCAUCGACCCUUCUCGCGCGCCGCGCGGCAUUCACAUUGAUGCGCCCGGCUCCGGUGACCCCGACUCGCGCGGCUGGCAUUGGAUCGGCAUCGAUGAGUGGGUCCUCCGCCUCUGGGACGGUCGCGAUCUCGUCAAGCACUUCCGCGAGGUCGCAAAACGCGCUUUCUUCCUCGAGCUCAAGCGCCUCUCCCUUACGGCUGCACGCGCGCGCACGUCCUCGUCCAGUCCGACAUCAGCCUCGUCAUCAUCAACCGCCUCACCUCGGUCCAAUUCGCCGCCGUCAAGGCGCCCCACCAAGAGUGACUCCGGCCCGAGCCUUCUCGAUACCGAUAUGGUCACCCCCUUCGCCGCCCAGGGCGCAGAGACUAGGAUCCCUGGCACCGACAACGACCCGCUCGAUUGGGCCGACGUCCAGACCGCUGUUCAGCCCAACACCGCUCGCGUCGUCGACAACGACGAACCUAUCUACUCAGAAGAGCUCGACCUCGACGAAAUCGACGCCGAGCGCGAUCGUUGCUUUGCAGAGAUGGGCGUCAAGAAACCUGCUUGGCGCUCUCAGAACUGGUCCGAACUCGCCAAAGUCGGCGAUCAGAAGGUAGAGUGGUGGGUAGUCUGGCUCUUGGCCAAGUCAAGGGCGCGCGCCCGCAUCGUCGCCCGCCGGGUGUGGCAGGCCGACUCGGCGCGCGACCCCAAGCUCCGCACAUGGCGAGCGCUGCGACCGCGGCCCGAGCUCCACACCAAGAACCACUUCACCCAUCCCACCCUCUUUGCUCGCUCGGGCGCCAGCCAUCUCCUCGUCGGCGGUGCACCGCCUCCGGAGAGGGAGGAAAUUUGGAACGGCAGACGCCAUGGCGACCUCGACGGCCUAUCGGACUCUGGCAGCGACACCGAAUCCGAAGCCGACUCUUACAGCGAGGGCAGCGACUACGACUCGGAGAUGGAGGCCUCUACAUCGCGCAUGGACAUGUCGAUCGUGCACGAAGGCCAGCCUGCGCGUUCCGGUCCGUCAGGUCAGAGCCACACCGCAUCCGCACCCUCGACAUUCGCCCUGCCCGAGUUCGUCGAGCCCGAGCAGCAGAAGCCCGAAGACCAGGCGGAUCUGUGGGGAGGCGAACACAACUUUGCCAACGGCAACGAGCGCGCAGGUGCAGGCAACAGCGUCAUGGGCUCACGCGGCGGCAUGUUUGGCUUCGAUUCGGCGCUUCGUACCGGCCUCUUGGACGAGCCGCUCGACGGGCUCGACGACGGCAACGAAUUUGCCAGCCUGCAGAAGGAGAAUCAGCAACGGCGCAACGAGGAGGAUCGGCUGCUCUCCGAAAUGACGCUCGGCUCCAUCCUGCAGAGUCUGCGCGCAGUCAUGAUGCUGACGCCCCGCCUCAAGGACCUGGCGCUCGACGGCGUGCUGGAACGCAGCAUCUGCGGGCGCCGCGCAAUGUGCAACAUGGGCAAGCUCAAGAGUCUGUCGCUCGGACCACCGCCGCCGUACUGGAGCUCACCGCUGCUGUUCGGCCAUCCCAUCAAGACAACGCGACGCGAGCGCCUGAGCUACCACCAGAAGAUGCACGGCAUCUCGAGCCCCGAGUUCCCGGCCGACGACACACGCUCGCAGAGCCUGUGGCCGCUGCCAGGCGUGCUGAUCCCAUCGCCUGCGUUCGCGACGCUGCGCACGCUGCACAUUUCGGGCUGCAUGCUCUUCCCGUCCGAGGCGAGGGCAGUGGGAGGACUGGGAGGGCAGCUUCCCAGCCUGCGCCACUUCCGCUGGUCGCUGUGGCAGCCGCACGUCGAGGGCCACCCCGUGGGCGUGGUGGAGACGCUGUGCGCUGUGCUCGACAUUCCGACGCCCGAGGAGGAAGCAGCGGCAGCGGCAGCCACCAGCAGCGCCACCGCCAUCGAAGGCGCUGGAUCGGGCUUCCGCUUCGGCACGUCGUCGUCGAGCUCGGGCACGUACCGCGAGCUGGAGAACCGCAAGCGACGUCGCCGUCACGGCGACUCGCGCUACCGCUCCAACCCGUUCAGCGCCAGCGUAUCGGGCACGACCGACUCGGCGCUCUCCUCGUCGCUCGGCAGCGGAGGUACGGCGGCAAGUGCGGCGCACGAGGCGAGUCUGUACGCGCUCGUGACACGCAAGCGAAAGCUGCGCUCGGUGUACGUUACGAUGCAUCCGACGGACCAGGCCAUCUUUGCACGCAAGGCCCCCGCGGCACUGCGCUACGACACGCGGCUCACCAUCGAGACGGCCAAAUGCAAGGCGGUCGAGGACAACCUCGAGGAGAUGCAGCGGUGGUGGGAGUGGGAGAGCGGCAUGCUCCACUUCAAGCCCACCGUGUCCAACCUCGAGGCGAUCAGCGCCGCCGCAAAGCGCCACGCAGGUCCGCCGCCCAGCUCCGUCUCGGCUCAGCAGCUCAACGCCGACCAUAGCGGCAUUCAGAUGGACCUCCAGCGCGCCAUGGAUGCCGAGCUUGAGCUUGAGCCUCGUUCUGCACACCCGUGA